GAGAGAGAGCUGGAGCGAGUGCGGCGCACUGCCUUUGCCGCGUACUGUCGUGCGUACUGCGAGUGCGCAUCUGGCGUCUGCGCAUUGGCGCGAGAGUGACACGCAAGUGAUCAUUCUCAGUGUGGCACGGGCCGUCGUCGUGCUAGUACGUUGCGUUCGUUGUUGUUGACCGGUGGUGUGUGUGAGAACGCACGUUGCCUUCCUCGUGACUUCCCCCCCCCCUUUCUUCUGUCUUUUCGUUUGGUCACGUGGACGUUCACACUUUGUGUGCGAGUGAUAAGGACUAAGGAUUAAGUACAAUAUGUGCGUAACAAUGAAUUAUGUGCGUACAAUAUUGGACAAGUACUUUCCCGAUAGUGGUACGGAAGAAAUGAUACCAAAGUGUGGCAAGUGUGGCAAACAGAGGAGUUGCAAACGAAAGAGAAAAAAAAAAGCAGGACGCAUAAUCGCAUUGAAGUAAGAGAUUGGUUUUUUUUUUAUUUUUUUAUUUUAUUAAGUUCGGUGGAGAAAAGCAAUGAAGGUACGAGUAGGAGCCGCGUGUAGCUGCAAAGCAAUGAAAGCGCGCGACGUGGAAAGCUCUCACGGAAGCCGUGUUUCUCAGGCCUAAUCUCCCACGUAGCUCUUAUCAACCGUGCGAGCACUAACGAUCGGAUAUCGUGACGCGGGCGUCAUGCGGGUGACGAAACGUCGCGCACGAAACGUCGGGCGUAAUCGGCGCGCUCGACGACUCGCCGAAAACGGUUUCGCGUGUUUCAACGGGAUUUUACAUACGUAAGCAUCAGUCGCGCCGUCGUUCCUCCGCCCGGCUCCGAGGAUCGAGGAAGCUAAAAUAAAUGCGGCGUAGGUGGUGAUCGCCGCGACUCGCCGGCGAGUGAAAGAAAAAUGGAAACGCAGGAGCGCGAGUAACGGAAGAGAGGAGAGAGGGGAAAACUCGGCGUGGUUUUCGACCGAUACACACACUCCGGAUUCCAUUCCUUCUGGUUAUUAUUGAGGAGAGGAGGCACACUCUAAUGGCCCUCGUAGCGCACGGUCACGCUACACUACGGUGCGCCAUAGUGCGCCGCGCGGAGACUUCCGGUCCGCCACAGGAAGCGAGACACACGUGUUCGGGCGUGUGUGUUCCCAUAAUACGAUCUGCCCUCUUCCCCCCCCUUCUCAUCCGUCCCGUUCCUCCCCCCUUCCCGCUCUCUCGAUCUACAGUGCGUUCCAUAUUCCACGGCCGGUAAAAAGAAGAGCGAGCGCAUCGUGUACUCAUAUAUGUGAUAACGCGCGUAUCGUUUUUGCAUUCGUUCGUUCGAUUCGUUUCUAUAUUCUGCAUUCGAUCGAUUAAUUCGUUUGUACCGUUCGCCGAAACGUGCAUGAAGAAAAGUGAAACGGAGCUAUGAACGAGGAAAAAUCACUGACAAAUGGUUGGGCGUAUAUUGGUGGAAAUGUUUCGCGCAGCGGUUAACAACAAAAUAACGCUGAUUGUCGAAGAGGUCAUGCAACUUGUGCAACUUGUUAUCGAUGAUAAUGAUGCUUUGGUACGGUCGGAUCUUGUGGAGCAAAUUCCAAAUGUGGCGAUUAUCUGCCACGAAGCACCGCAUCUCUUCGGCCAUGUUAUCCGCAAUUACCUACUUGAUAUCGUGAUGAAGUACCUGAACGAUCAGGACAAUCAGGUACGACAAAUGGCCCAAAGCGCGCUGACAAUGUUGAUGAAACGAAGCCUCCUUGACAAUGACACGAUCGAGAAUGUUAUCUGUCCUACAAUAGAAAAACUUUCUUACAUGUGGCAAUUAGGAUCCCGCGAUGUGGCCGAUGAACAUACUCGAAAUGCAAACAUCUCCCUCAUGUGUAGAUUGGCACCGCUGAUUGGUAGCGAACUUACAGAAAAGGUCUUUCUGCCACGAUAUUUAGACCUAUGCGAGGAUAACGAUAUGAUGGUGAGGAGAAUCUGCGCUACUCACUUUGGGGAAAUGUGCAUUGCUGUGGGAAAGGAGAAAUUGUACAGCAAAUUGAUUCCUAUGUUUAUUGAUCUGUGCGGCGACAGAAUAUGGAACGUGCGAAAAGCGUGUGUCGAGGUUAUGAUGCCGGUUUCUUGCUGUUUAACAACCGAACAUCGGCGAUUAUUACUUGCGGACAUACUGGCUAAGCACUUGAUCGAUGACUCCAAAUGGGUACGAAUAUCGGCUUUUCAAAUACUUGGACCGUUCAUAUCAACUUUCGCCAAGCAGUUCGCCGAAGUCACUUAUAAUAAGAAUGGUGAAUUAGUGUAUAUCAGUAAGCAGGAUAAUCAUCCCAGUAUAUGUUACUCGUACGAAGGAAUCUUUCCUAUGAAGAGCGCGAUCAAAAAUCAAAUACCAGAUAUGGACGAAGAUAUGAUAGCAAAUACCAAAUACAGAUAUAAUACUAAAAGUCCAUUUUAUCUGCCUAUGAUGAACGUGAGACAUGAAGACAUUAAAGUAUCGGAAGAAGAUGAUUCCAUAAAAGAAGAUGAUUACCAAAAAACGGAACUUGACUGCCCAAAAUCUUGGCGUGAAAGAAUGCAUCAAUAUAAAAUAAAGAAAGAAACGCGUGAUGCGGAAAAAUAUAAUCCAUUUUUAUAUUAUUAUAUACCUCCGGAUAUACCACUGGAUGAUGAACUUACUCAUGCCGCAAGGCAAUCGGCGAUGAAUCGUAAUAAUAUCCCGAAAGUGGCGGAAACUGAACAAAAUUUAACCGUAGAAAAUAGUUCGUCUUGUUCUUCCGAAAGUCCAGUUCCUGUCGUGAAUUCAAAUAAUGAUAAUUCAAAUAUGAACGAGCAAUUAAACGAUGAUUCAAAUGUAAACGUUUAUAAAAUCACAUUUUUUUCCAAAACUGAAGUUUCUCACGUGAAUUCGAAUAGAGAUGAUUCAAAUAUAAACGAACAAUCGAACGAUGAUUCAAAUGUAAACGUCUUUGAAAUGAUCAAAUUCUUCGAUAAACAAAAGGAAAAACAAGACGACGAUAAACAAAAGGAAAAGCAAGACGAUGAUAAACAAAAAGAAAAGCAAACUAACGAGUGUAUCUUUCCAAAACCAGUGCAUAUCGAUAGAGUUAUGCGUCCUUCUCGAAUUCGAAAAGAUUGUCUAAAAACUUUAAGAGAAAAGUACGAGGAGCGUAACUUGGAGAGAAAAUUUUAUAUAUAUGACGAAGAUUCUAUGAGCAAGAGUGACGAAUCUUGUAAGAAUUUAAAUGCGAAUAAACAAGAGAUAAUAAACAUAAUAAACAUGCAUAAUAAACAAGAGAUUGUACCUCAAGAAUUAAUCAAUUAUUAUGUAUCAAUGGCCAAUCCGAAUAAAUGCGUGUUCAUGAGUGCCGAUAUCCCACAUUAUUGUGCCUUUAGUUUUCCUGCAGUUGUGCUCACGCUGGGCAAAGAGAACUGGCAUUACUUGAAAAAGGCUUACCAAUCGUUGUCGAGUGCGAAACACUGGAGAGUUAGGCGUACUCUAGCAUCCAGCAUUCAUGAGAUUGCCAUGAUUUUAGGCGAAGAACUCACUGCUACUGACCUUGUUCCAAUUUACGACGGUUUUAUUAAAGAUCUCGACGAGGUCAGAAUAGGUGUGCUCAAGCACUUUGCAACUUUUCUGAAAAUACUCAAACCCGUCGAUCGCUGUCAAUAUCUAUCAAGAUUGAGCGAUUUCCUUGCUACAGAUAACGAAUGGAACUGGAGGUUUAGGGAGGAAUUGGCCAUACAAUUGCUCGAGAUUGUAAGUCUGUUCAGUCCGAGCGAUGUGGCCCAGAGUAUCGCGCCGCUGUCUUUCCAACUACUUGUAGAUAAAGUUGCUGCUGUUAGAACCAUCGCGCUUGAACUGAUCACACGAAUAAUGUGUUACUUGUCCAACGAGGAUGCUCUGGUAAUGUCCCUUAUUCACGAACUUAGAGAGACUCUAGUUCUAGACGCUAAAAAGUGGAUACAUCGGCAAACUUAUGCGCUUAUAUGUUCCCACCUGAUUCGCAACAAUGCGAUCUCGGAAGAGAAGUUUUCUAAGGAAAUGUUACCAUGUUUGAUAAGUUUGUCGUGUGAUAGAGUACCUAAUGUAAGGUUAGCCGUUGCGAGAACUAUAGCAACGGAUGUGAUUGCGAUGGGCGUAGAUAAUUUGGGCAUAGACACGAUGGAAGAAGUGGAAAGAAUACUUACGAAAAUGCGUGUUGAUGUGGACCGAGAUGUGCGAGUGUUAGCCGGAGGUGAAGAGCAGCAAAUAGACAUACUAGCUUAUUGUUCCUCUGAUGAGAAUAACCAAGUCGAACAAGCAAGAAAUAUACUAUUUUAAUAGUGAUAUAUUUUGAUCUCAUGGAUCAUGAUGAAGUCACUGUGUGUUUUAUAUAUAUAUAUAAGAGG